GGCGGACAUGUUACGGAACUCGGGAGAGCUGUGAAGGUUGUGUCCUAGAAAGAAGCGUUAACUGUUGCGGAUCUUCCUCGGCGGUUUGAGCUUUUGAUAAGAUGGCUACAGUCGGACCGCCGCCUCCUGGCUACGCCCCACAGCCUGGGUACGGAGCUCCACCACCCGGGGCGCCUCCCCAGGGGUACGGGGCACCUCCUCCCCAGGGGUACGGCCCUCCACCCCAGGGGUACGGCCCCCCACCCCCGGGAUAUGUGCCCCAGGGGUACGGCCCUCCGCCCCCGGCCGCCCAACAGCAACAGACCACCGUGGUGAUGGCCCCCCAACAGCCUCAAACUGUCAUCGUACAGAACGAACGCCGUGACCGGGUGAACCACGCCCUGCACUGUAUCAUCAGCUUCUUCUUCUGGCCUUGGCUCCUGGUCUGGCUCUGUCUGUGCCUUACCGAGGGCUAAAGGCUGAUUCACGUUAUACAACGCUGGAUAGCAACAUCAAGACGACUGUCUUUAUAUGGCUGCAUCUUUGCAACUUAGGCCACACCAAUUUAAUUUUCUUGGU